AUGGAGCAUACAACAGAGUCAUCACCCACAACUGCUACUGCCACUAAUACAACCACUACAGUUACAUCGCUGCCUCGAACAGCAAGACGACUUCGAAGCUUACAUUUGCCUUCUUCAUCAUCAUCCUUUUCAUCUUCUCACCAUACAACAUCUGAACUUGGCAGACGAUUCAACAGCCUAAGACGGCCCACAACCACCUCAUCCGCACUCUCCAUUACCCCGCCUAUUACUGCACCCAUUGCACCUGUACCCACACCGCCAUCAACCACUGCCAUAGAGCGCAAGAAAGUUCACAUUAAGCUUGUACCAAAUGUUGGUAUGACCAAUCGUUGCUUUGUAUUUGAUGUGGUAGAUCGUGAACUCGAGAGUGGAGGAUCCGUUCUCAAAUUAGGCCGUUAUUCUGACCGAACUGUUGUCUCGGACCGACUUUCAUUUAAAAGCAAAGUAGUGAGCAGAUAUCAUGCAGAGAUAUGGUUAUCUGAUCAAGAUAACAAGAUUUACAUUAGGGAUUCUGGCUCUUCCAGUGGCACAUUUGUGAACCAUAUACGACUGGCUGCAGCAAACACAGAAAGUGCCACACCGCAUCAAGUGGUAGAUGGCGAUCUGAUCCAGCUAGGCGUAGACUACAAAGGUGGCCUGGAACCCAUGUACCGGGCUGUUAGGAUGCGUUUGGAAGUGGACCGUCGUGAGUGGCAAGAGCCAGCUUCAAAUACCUACAAUCUAGCCGCAUUUCAACAGUUGAAAACCCAAAUCAACACAGCAGCAGCCUCUACAUCGGCAGAAGAGAUCCAAGAAUGCUGUAUUUGUUUGUACUGUAUUGCGCCAUUUCAGGCACUCUUUAUAGCACCUUGUUCGCACAUAUACCACUAUCGAUGUCUGCGUCCGUUACUGACGCAAAACUACCCCGGAUUCUCCUGUCCAAUGUGUAGAACCUACUCGAAUCUAGAAGCCAGCGUUGCCGUGGAGGAGUACGAAGUGCUGCAGAUGCUUGGUCUGUCCAACCUGCCGACAGCAACAACGACAAACACAACAUCUGAAGAAGAGGAGGAUGAUCCAGAGGAAGUGCCAUGCAACCAUAACCGCGAAAAGACGAUAUUAGACGAAGAUACUUUAGAGAAUCCUGUGCAUUCUUCAUCAUCACCAUUAAUACGGCCCUCAUUAUUUUUCCAGCGUCAAAUAUCAUCGUCAGAUGGUGGAUUGGCAGCAACGUUGGUGGGCUCUCCUCCACGCAGAUUCGAUGCAGGAGUCGCUGAAUAG